AUGCUGAAAAAAUAUGUGUGCUUUUUAAGCUUUUAUAUAUUGCAUGUGGCAUGUAAUCACCUAUUUGAAGAUUACAGGAAACAUCCAUGCAUCAGAAAAUGUGACAGCCACAUUUCAAUGACAUGCGAGUACAACUUUACCGUGGAAUACUAUCACACAUUAUCCAAAGCAUGUUUCAACUGUCCACACAACAUCACAGAUUGUGCACGUCCACACUGUGUGGCGGCGGACGGAACUAAAAGGGGUAUAAUCACGGUGAACAGAAUGGUGCCUGGCCCCGGGAUCCAUGUGUGUCAAGGAGACACUAUAGUAGUUAAUGUACACAACAAAUUGGAAGGUUCUGAUGGACUGUCCAUUCACUGGCAUGGACUUCACCAAAGAAAUACACCACAUAUGGAUGGGGUCUCCAUGGUUACUCAAUGUGCAAUCCCAGCACACUCUUCAUUUCAGUACAAGUUCAAGCCUGACAACCCAGGAACCUACUUUUGGCACUCUCAUUCUGGGCUUCAGAGAAUGGAUGGAGUUUUUGGAGCUCUUGUGAUCCGUCAGUCGGAUAACACCGAGCCUCAUCUUGGACUUUAUGAUCAUGAUUUACCGGAACAUACUUUAAUAAUAAACGACUGGUUGGUGGAAUUAGCAAUCAAUCGAUUUGCCAAUCACCAUCAUGCAGGAGGAGACAACAAGCCCGCUUCCAUGCUCAUUAAUGGUAAAGGAACAUUCCAGGAAUUUAGAAAUCUACAUAACACUACAAUCUACACACCCCGGGAGACAUUGGUAGUGGAGCAAGGUAGACGCUACAGAAUCCGUCUGAUUAGCAACGGGUUACUGAACUGUCCCAUCCAGUUCUCUAUAGACAAUCAUAGCCUCAUCAUCAUAGCUACUGACGGUUUUCCCGUGCAACCUAUCACGGUGGAAUCACUUAACGUGUUUGCUGGUGAACGAUAUGAUAUUGUACUCCACACUACCCAGUCCGUUGACAAAUACUGGAUUCGUAUUCGUGGUGAAGCGGACUGUGCUGUAAAAAAAGCACACCAAGAGGCCAUUCUUCAUUAUCAAGGAGCUGCGGAAAAUCAGCGAGAUUUAUCUACAGGAUAUGAAGCAGGACAUCGGACAGGAAAAAAACUAAAUCCAUGGAACAAAGCAGAAACUGGGGAUCUAAUUCCUGUAACGAAACUGGUAUCACUUGAUGAAAAUGACGAGGCUCUAUCGGAAACUCCGGAUAAAACAGUGUACAUGUCCAUGGACUUCAACAAGAUUGACAACUACCAUUUCCACGAUCCCAUACUGUAUCCCAUUUCUGCAGUGGAGAGCUCCAAGCAUAUAUACUUGCCCCAGAUCAACUAUAUAUCGACAACGCUACCCCCAGCACCACCCCUUACACAAUUUAAUGACAUCCCGGAGGAAUUGAUGUGUGAUUCUAUGGAUGACGACCGUAACUGCUCGUUCGAAUUUUGUGAAUGUGUCCACAUUAAAAAGGUCAAACUCGGCGAUGUGGUAGAGUUUGUCAUAGUGGACGAAGGGAAAACCUUUAACGCCAAUCACCCCAUGCAUCUUCAUGGCUUCAGUUACAGAGUGAUCGGUAUGGGGAAGACGUCUUUUGCAAUGUGA